AUGGCCUUGCAGCCAGGCCAUCGCCCGUUGGGAGGAACUGGCGGCUAUUGGCGCUAUAUGAUACGUUUAUUAUCGACAGCUUCAGGGGUCACUACACCGAUUAUUCAGAGGAGCCUGCUGGUGUUGGCGGCUACGGCUGGAGGUGAAACUCGCAUGAGCACGACGACUGGCCAGCCAUCCAACCGCCCAAAGCACCAGAUGACAGCUGCAAGACGCGUGGAAGAUCCAGACAACGCAGUCAGGAGAAGCUCACGGGAGCCGCUUGUUGCCCUGACGCCGCAGCUUGUUUCCAUGGAAGAUACUCGAAACCCAGAGAGCGCGUGGGGAAGAUCCAGCGAUGUGUUCUUUUCUCAAGCCUCCCAAGUUUAA